CAUCCGAAGCGUUGGUAGAUACGACGUUAUCACUCAGAAGUCCAACAUCGACGUUGCAGUGUUAGACUACAGAGAAGCUAUAACUAGGGAUUGGACCGUCACGGGCGUUGAGCAUUACAUUCUACGUUAUUAUCUGCAGAACUCCAUAAUUAUCUGCUUGAAAGCGAAGACUCCGCCCUCUCUUGAAUCCCCAUACCAUAUCCUCAGUGCAUCAAGUACACACGUCGGCAGCAUGUCGCCACUGUUUCUCCUUACCACCGUCAUCGUUUUCCUGGGAUUCUCAUCCUUUGGACAUCCGACCAAGAGGCGAGAAGAUAAAACCAAGUGUCCCCAUGUGAGGGCCAUAAGAAACUUCGAUCUUCACGAGUUGUUGGGGUCAUGGUUCGUAGUUCAAUACUACGCCAGUUCUGAGGAGGCGCUGUCGUAUGGCUGCAUGAGACCCGUAUUCUCCGUGUCUCCGGACCGCCUUCAGGUCUCUAUGAAUUUCACAUACACUUUCACAGACGACCCCGCUUCUGAACUUCUGUACGGCAACAUCACGUGGGAGAUCCCAGAACCCAACAGACCGUCUCACUGGGUCCAUGCUGAAGACACGUACGAAGGGGUGUACAACACGUACGUCCUAGACUCAGACUACAAGUCCUGGGCUCUGCUCCUGCACUGUGCAGAGAAGUCUAAGAGUCCCAGGUACCUGUCUAGUUUCAUCAUGAGCCGACAACCGAUUCUGGCAUCGAACGUGGUGACGUACCUCAGAGAGAAGUUGCCACGCUACGACAUUGACCUCGCAUAUAUGUUCCCAAUGGUACAGACCAACUGCUCUGUCGGUAAUCGACAACCAGGUCUUGAUCGUGAUACUGUCAGGAACAUCUUGAAACAGUCGAGAAAACAUCCUAUGAAGCUGUAAUGAUUCAGACGAAUCUGACGACGAAGACAAAUUUCCUGAGAAUUAAAUAUUGUAAGAUUUUUUUCAACAUGGAAUUUUCACAUUAAAAUUUAAAAAUUAUUGGCAUGUAA